CUUAUAGGUUAGCUGGAAUCCUCCAAACAAAAGAUUUAUUUGACAAGUCUAAUAGAGCUGAGUAAUCAUAAGAUUCAUAAUUUUUUGGAAUUUUUGUAUAAUUUUUCUAUAAAAUAUGUCCGAUUCUGAUAGAAAUGAUAAACUCUCACAAUUCACAGCUAUUACAGGUGCUUCUGAAGAUAGAGCCAAGUUUUUCUUAGAUUCUGCUGCUUGGCAAGUAGAUGUAGCAUUAGCGAGUUAUUAUGAAAAUGGGGAUGAUAAUCAAGUUGAUCUGAAUGAAUCAGUAGGAGAAAUACCCAUGGAAUCAGAUGUGGAUAUACCUCCACCAUUAAAUGAAAGUGAACCAUCUUCUGCCUCUAGUAGGCCUAAGACUAGAUCAAAAAAAACUAAUAGUAAAUUUGGUACUAUCAAUUCUUUAGCAAAAGAAGAGGACGAUGAAGAAGAAGGACAAGCUUUUUAUGCUGGUGGAUCAGAGCAUAGUGGACAACAAGUACUAGGUCCUGGAAAACGAAGGGAUAUUGUAGCUGACAUGUUUAAAUCAGUCCAAGAACAUGGUGUGGAAGUGGUUGAUCAACGUCCCAGUACAUCAGGGUCAAGAGCCUUUUUCGGCACUGGUUAUAAAUUGGGAGAAACCAGUACAGAUUCGGUGGCAGUUCCUGGAGUUGCUCAACCCCCUCAACCAAGUGAAAUAACUUUGAAAUUAUGGAAAGAAGGUUUCAGUAUAAACGAUGGCGAUUUAAGACCAUAUGCAGAUCCUCGCAAUAAAGAUUUUCUUGAUAGCAUUAAAAAGGGUGAAAUCCCAAUGGAAUUCAAGAAUAAGAGAGGUGGUGAAGUACAUUUAGCCAUGGAAGACCAUCGAAUGGAAACAUUCAAAGUUCCUGGAAAGAAAAAUAAAGUAUUUACAGGCACUGGCUACACCUUAGGGAAUCCUGCACCACCUGUAGUGGGGGCCUGUAGAGACGAAGAUAAACCCGUCAAUGAACAAGUAGCUCGAGAAAAUUUGAGAUUAGAUACUUCUCAACCUGUUACAAGUAUACAAAUACGGCUCGCUGAUGGGUCGAGAUUAGUAGCCCAGUUUAAUCACAUGCACACAGUGGCAGAAAUCAGGUCCUAUAUCCUGGCAGCAAGGCCUCAGUAUGCUACCCAAACUUUUGAUCUACUGACAUCUUAUCCUUCGAAAGUGUUGGAAGAUUCACAGACAAUAUCUGAAGCCGGCAUUGUGAAUUCGGCUAUCAUGCAAAAAAUGGUUUAGUUUGUUGUUGCAUAUGUGCAAUCUAAAAGUACCUUUUUUUUCUCAGUGUAAGUUUUUUGCUUAUCGAUAAGAAUUAGCCUUGUCGGCAUCUGUUCAAGUGUCUAGAACCUUUGGAAUAAAUUAUUUCUACAUAAUAUA